AUGAGCGACCUGCAGAAGUCCUUCGCGAAAUCGAAACUAGCCAAGCUACCCCCGGAGCCCCCUCCCAUUCCUGAGACGCUCGCCGAGGAGGAUGGCGAGUCUUCAGCCUCCUCAACAGAUACGGUGACUCCUUCGCCGACCAAACAGUUAUUUGCCAGGCCUGGAGGCCGUCGAGGAUCAUCAACGUCCCUAGAAUGGACCGACUUCUUCGCCCGGGAGCUCUACCUCUCGCGAACAGUUAACGAUAUUGACAUAGUGCAUCAUGCAUACCUUACUCCGCCGACAGGCUCAGCUCCACUAUUCGUCAUGCACCAUGGCGCUGGUUCUUCUGGCCUUUCCUUCGCAACCUGCGCCGCAGAGAUCCGCAAGAUCCUCCCUGACGCCGGUAUACUUUCGCCGGACGCUCGAGACCAUGGCAGUACAUCUGUAAGCAGGGCCAGUGAAGACGGGGAUGCCGAACCCGCGAAGGUCCAGCUUGAUCUGAGCUUGGAUACAUUGAACCAAGACCUCCUCUUCGUUAUCCGUGAAACGCAGGCCAAGAUGGGCUGGGAGGCUCUGCCGGAUAUCGUCCUUGUCGGACACAGUUUGGGAGGUGCCGUUAUCACGGACGUUGCGAAAAAUGGUGAACUAGGUGCAAAGCUACUAGCAUAUGCUGUUUUGGAUGUUGUCGAAGGGUCUGCAAUGGACGCGCUCCAAAGUAUGGAAACAUAUCUCUCAACUCGACCAUCACGCUUCCCAUCCGUAGCUUCCGGGAUAGAAUGGCACACACGAUCGCGCACAAUCCGCAACAGAACCUCCGCCCGCGUCUCGGUCCCAUCCCUCAUCUACCAUGAAGAUACACCCACAGACCCAGCAAAACCUUGGGUCUGGCGUACUAACCUCGCCGAAACGAAGCCCUUUUGGGAAGACUGGUUUGUCGGCUUGAGUCGGAAAUUCCUGGAGGCUCGCGGAGGGAAGCUUUUGCUUUUGGCUGGCACUGAUAGACUGGAUAAAGAGUUGAUGAUUGGCCAGAUGCAAGGGAAAUAUCAACUCCAGGUCUUCCCGGACGCAGGUCACUUUAUCCAAGAGGAUCAACCUGCCAGGACAGCGCAGAUCCUUGUAGAUUUUUACAAGCGGAAUGAUCGCAGUGCACUAGUUCUUCCUCCCAAGGUAGCCGAUAUGCAGGCAUCCUCAGCCAUGAAAAAAGGAACAGGCACUGGCUUGCCUUUGGGGAAACCCGAGGGUGGGAGUACAGGUUCUCUUAAACGGUCUUAA